ACAACUUUGAACCUUUCCUCAUCCAAACAGGUCACUACAUUCAAAGUUACAAAAUCCCCGGUUGGACGUAUCAUGAGCAGCAGGACAAGCUCGCGCUUCCGCCUGCCCCUUCCGGGAUCGCCGAACGCAUCUCUUGCGGUGUAUACAACUCGUAUCGGAGCUCUCCUGAAGCGCGCAGACGUCAAAGUGAUUGUAGCCUUCUGGCUCUUUGGUCUUAUAAACAAUGUCUUAUAUGUUAUAAUACUGUCUGCAGCGCAAGACCUGGUCGGCGCUGUACCAAAGGGCGUGGUGCUUCUUGCUGAUGUUGCGCCGUCAUUUAUAACCAAGCUUAUUGCUCCAUACUUUAUCCAUCAUAUACCAUAUAGGAUACGGGUGCUCGUGUUCUGUGCACUAUCCACUCUUGGUAUGUUGAUGGUCGCCUUGACCCCGCCAGAGGACUCUGUCGCAGUAAAGAUGGUUGGAGUUGUUCUCGCCAGCCUGGCCAGCGGUGGCGGCGAGCUUAGCUUCUUGGGCCUAACACAUUACUACGGGCAAAUGAGUCUUGCUGGUUGGGGUUCGGGAACUGGCGCUGCUGGCCUGGUUGGCGCAGGCCUAUAUGUCGUCUUGACCGAAUGGUGGCGGUUCUCCGUCCGUGACAGUUUGCUAUUUAGUGCAACGCUCCCUGUCGUCAUGCUUGUGAGCUUCUUCGUUAUACUGCCGCAAGACAAGUUCAUGCAAGGACAGCCAGCUGGUGCUUAUGCAGCAGUACCAGAUACCGACGACAUUAUUGAUGAUGAAUCAAGAGAGCGCAUGGUCACAGCAUCAGCCCCUAUCAAACACGAGUCACCUUCGUUGCAGCAGAACUUGAAGCGCGCACGUGCUCUUGUUAUUCCGUAUAUGCUACCGCUGCUUCUCGUGUAUAUUGCUGAAUAUACAAUCAACCAGGGAGUGUCCCCAACGCUCUUAUUCCCGCUCGCCGAAGGGCCAUUCGCUGAGUUUCGCGAAUUUUAUCCCUUUUACGGAUUUCUCUACCAGCUCGGCGUGUUUAUAUCUCGAUCCUCAACACCUUUUAUACGCAUCCAUCACCUCUACCUGCCGUCGUUUCUGCAGAUUGGUAACCUUGUGCUACUCACCCUCCACGCAUAUCUAUACUUUAUUCCAUCUGUGUAUAUCGUAUUUCUAAUCAUCUUCUGGGAAGGCCUGCUGGGCGGUGCUGUAUAUGUGAACUGCUUUGCUGAGAUUAUGGAGCAAGUUCCUGAGGAUGAGCGUGAAUUCAGCUUAAGUGCCACAUCUGUGAGUGACAGUGGCGGUAUUUACAUAGCCGGAGUUGUUAGCAUCUUCUUGGAGCCACGAUUGUGUCAUUACCAAGCGGCUCAUGGUCGUGGAUGGUGCAAGGAGAUUCGGGCUGGACAUAAAUAGUCAGAGAUACUGAUGAAUAUAACUAUUGUGUAUAAUUCUUUCGUUUCAUAGUGUCGUCAUUCUAUAAAUGUACUUUCGUCCCUGGAAAAUGACCCAAGCUGAAUUACAUAUGUAUUGCAGACCUUCAUGUUGGCUGGGUUGUCAGUGGCACGAUCAAAAGAACGGACGAUUGUUCGUUUCGUGAAUGUAAGAUCGUCAGCCUCUUCAGCUUCUCCCGCCCCAGGACAUAGUAGCAUCCAGGGCACAAACGAGUAUCGUGGUAAACAAAGUCUCGCAUGUUCCAGUGAUUGUAGUUUGGACAAGAUGCUUCCAAAAUAAUCCAAGAAUGCUUCGACUCCUUCGUAUACUCGAAAGUUUGGCUGCGUCCAGUGGCGGCAUGUCAUAGUGUCGCCAAAGUCACCAUUCAAAGAAAUAUGGAGGUACUGUACAUUUGGUAAAAUACUAGGCAAAAGGUCCACCAGCCUGUAUAACCCCAGCUUUCCGAAGAAUUCUUGCGGAUUUGUAUUAGCGUCACGGUGAUAGCUGUAGGAGUCCGUGCUCCAUGCCAAAGAGACCUUGCGAAGUAGCUUUAAAUGAUGAUUCGGAAGCAGCUCUGGGAGAUGGUGGAACAUGAAUGUACCAUGUAUCCUAAAGGUGCUGCUGCCAUAUAGCAAUGGAAUGCCUUCAUGGUAUGCUUGACGACAGCUUUGCAGCCAACCCAGAGAGCUAACUUUGCAACUAUUGGUGGAAUUGAAGGGCGACCACAGAGACGUGCAGGAUGCCUCGCCAACCAAGCAGAUGUCUCUAUCUCUAUAUCCCAGUGCUGGCAUCAUCUGAUAGUGCCAGUACUCGGGCAAGAAACAAACAUCGUGGCAGUAGGAGCUACGCCAUAUCCAAACACAUGGGCUGGCGGGGUUUCUCUUGGAAUACGGCGAUAUGCGCGCAUGGCGGUUCUUCCAGACUUCACCGUCGUAUUCUGAGAUGACGCUAUGUUCUAGGGAUAGAUGAAUAUGGAUUGCCUGUGGCUCCAGCACAUGAAGGAAAAUCCCAUCGCGAAGCUCUCGGGGAAGUCGCUGAAAGAAGGCGCUUUGGCUGGUGCCAUCGAUAUGACCGGAUCUGGAGAUGGCUGGCAAAUUGGGAUGCGUGGGAAGCGGUGGCCAGAAUCCAGACGCAAUCCAUGACUCAGCCGAUUGAUCUAUGGAGAGGUUUGACAUUCUUCCAUGUCAUGGCGCAGUGUUCAUGGUUGAUGGAUGACCUGGAGAUGUAGG